AAAAAUUUAAAACACGGCUCAACUCAGCCGUACCGUACGGUUGUGAAAACACUACCACUCUGAUAUCACGUGUCAUCCACCCCCCACGCACGUGCAAAACCUCACACAUGUGUAUCCACCACCGUCGUCGUGCCUAGAUCGCCGAUUCGCUCACAACAACACUACACCACAGCCCCACCGCCGCAAUUCACCAACCGCAGCUUCGAUCAUCGCAUUGCAUCAAAUAUAAUAGAUAUUUCCUCAUUGUAGAAGAUGGAGAAGAUGCAUUACGCGGCUGAAGAAUUAGUGCGAGAAUUUCUCGUGUUUCGAGGAUUCACCAACACACUCGAAGCUUACGAAACCGAAUUACGAACCGACGUUGGAAAAGGUUUUCAGGUUGAUAAGAUUCUUGACCUAAUUUUCUUCUUAUACAUUCCAAAGUUUCAGAUCGAUAAAUUAGUAGCGCUUCUGGGUUUCUUCAAACACUAUAUAUCUUCAUCUUCUGAAACCACACUCGUUUCAACUUUCUCCAAAUUGGAAGCUUCUGUUUUAAGCUUCUACGUUGUUCAUGCUUUGCAAUCUAAUAGGAGGGAUAAGGUUGUAGAAUUUUUCACUGUUCAUGGUCCUGAUUUGUUGCAGAGUUCUCAGGAUGAUUGGACUCAAUGGUUUGCAAUUCCUUAUGUGAAGAAUCCACGAUUGGAUCCCGAAUUUCGGAUAUUUUUCUCUAAGGAGUGGUAUAAGGCAUUGCAUCUUUCUGUUAGGCAAGUCCGAAUGUUGGGUUGAUGUCGGCAAUUUAGAAGCAAUUUCGGAUGGUGACAUGAAAGCACCGGGUGGUGUUGCCUUAGCUAUGAUCUCAAAUAAAUUAAGAUCAAUAGCAGCAUUUAACACUGCUGGAUAUACAAGAUUAGUGGUAAGUACCAUUGCUGAAAGACAAGCACUAUCCUCAUUUUGGUAUGAGGAUGCACUAAUUUGGUUAGUCUCCUCCUUAGUAAUGUAAGAAUCUCUCUUUUUUUUUAUUAGUGCUAAUUUUUUUUAUAAUGUACAUGGCCAUUCUCUUCCAUAUUUGUUGACCAUAUGCUGCAGAGUUUGUUCCACAGUUCGGCUGACUUGAUGAUUCGACCAACACAGAUGUUUAGGAAGGAAUCGAAGUGCAAUCUGCACUAGUAUUCUGUCAUCCGUGGAACGUAAUUUUGUGGUAUUGUUAAUGAUAUGAUUCAUAUCUUUUGUGUAUCGAUCAAUUUGUGACGGAAUUCAUUUACGCCUUGGGAGACAAGCAAAACAUCGAAUGAACCUGCAACAGUCGCUUCCACGACUACAGCUUCUGCUCUCAUUUCAUUUCUAAAUACAAAAUUGGGAUUGUUUGUAUGUAGAAAAUUUUGAUAGGCUAUUCAUACUCAUGUUAGAAAUCUAACUCAUGAUUCUUAUCCCAUUGAUUUUAUUGCUUGAAUAUUACAUUACAUUACAUUUCAGUUGCA